UGGGGUACGUAUAUUAUACUUUAGUUACAUACAUUAGCGCAUUUUAGCAGCUGGCAUUUCAGUGAUAAUCUUGAGGAUUACCUAAUAUAAUACAAUUGCGCAAUGAGUAAGGUCGUCACCUACAACGGAACGUGGCCAGAACUUGAUAAGGAAUAUGAUAAGGUACGGAAGAACCUUGGUCCCUUGCUUUUUCUACAUCCGUCGCUGUAAUUUGAUGCGAUAGAUUCCAAUUGUAGGCCACCACCAAUUGUUACGUUUUCCAUUCUUUUGGGUCGCUUGUCGCCUUCGCGCAUCGGACAGAAACGCUUGUCAUCCUCUUCUGCUAGCCUAAGAAGCCGUUCUCUUUGGUUCAUUAUAUCGUCUUAUACUUUCACCAGCAAUCAAAAUGGCUAUACUCAGUCCUCAAGUAACCAACAUCAUCAUCAUCCUUGGGAUGAUGCAAGUUUCCAAGCGAAUCCCCUUCGAUGAUCCCGAUGUUCUCAACAUUGUUCGCGCGCUCUACAUUGGUAGCAAUGUAAUCAUCGCUGGUAUCUACGCCUACGUCCAAUACCAGAUCAACAAGAAGAAGGAUCUUACUACGCUCAAAUACGUCGAACCGGCUCCGAUGGGAUCUUCGGAGGAGGGCAAGCUUGUGACUACCACCGUCCAAGCCUACGAUUCGCAGCAACUCAAGAACUCUAUCCGAUCGCAGAUUAUGGGCCUUGCAAUGAUGGGCUUUAUGCACUUAUACAUGAAGUACACCAAUCCGCUCUUGAUCCAAUCCAUCAUUCCGCUCAAGGGUGCCAUCGAGUCCAACUUGGUCAAGAUCCACCUCCUUGGCCAGCCGGCGAUUGGUGAUCUCAAGCGUCCCUUUAAGCAACCUGCCGGACUCAUGGGUGGUCUUCAGAGCGGGCCUGCGCAGAGCGAUAAGAAAGCUGUUGAAGCCGCCGAGCGUGCCGGUCGGGGUGGUGUCAAGGACGAGUAAUAAUCUUAUAAGUGGCUCGUUCAUCUAAAGUAGUUUAAUGGAGGGACUUGCAGCAUAAUAUUAACGCUGUAGACGAAGAAAACCAUGGGUGUUUUACUACUAAUAUAGACUAUACGUACAUCACGAAUAGACGACUUGCAUAAUUUAUGUAUAGUUGAUAUUUGCAUAUCUAAUUGCUGUGAUAAUGCCGACAAC